AUGAAAGAGGAAAACAAAAGAGACAGUUCAGUUGAAAACAUUUCAGAAAUAAGCAAGAUGGCUCCUUUGGAGAGCCCGCAGCCUAUCUCUCUGCACGGCUUUAUCAAAAGUAUCCGACUUGCAGGAAAAAAGAAGCUUUUUAUGGUGCUACGGCAGGGCCUUGGGACCAUCCAAUGCGUGUGCACCGUUGGAGGCGAAGAGAGCGCCAAAUACUUCCCAGAGUCCUACGUGAACGUAAGGGGCAUGCUUGUCAACACCCGAACGCCUGUGCUCUCCUGUCUGGUCAAACACAUGGAGAUCCAGGCUGAAAGAGUAGAGGUUGUAUCAGAGUCCAAAGAGCUCCCGUUCCAGCUGAAAGACCUCGCAUGGACCCACAAAGAAAGAGAAGAGGAUCCCCUGCUUCCCGUUGUCAACCAGUCAAAGAGACUUGACUGGAGAUACAUUGACCUUCGGUCCUCUGAAACACAGAGCAUAUUCCGCGUGUACUCCGCGAUCCUUGGGCUAUUCAGAGAAUAUCUGGCGAAAAACAAGUUUAUCGAAAUAAAAACACCGAAGAUCCUUAAAGGCUCAUCAGAGGGAGGCUCUGAGGUCUUUCCCGUUAAAUACUUCAACCAGCCUGCAACACUCGCCCAGUCCCCGCAGCUGUACAAGCAGAUGGCAAUCAUCGGGGGAUUUGAGAGAGUGUUUGAAAUCGGGCCGUGCUUCCGAGCAGAGAACUCAAACACUGGAAGACACCUGACAGAGUUCACAGGCGUUGACAUUGAAAUGGAGCUGAAGGGAAUGACGUACGUUGACCUGGUGAAGAUCAUAUACCAAAUGAUAAAGCACGUCGCAGACGGAGUGCAGGAGAACAGCUCCGAAGAGCUAAAUAUCAUAAAGGACAUUUCAGGCACUAGCAACGAAACAGUGAUACAGGAAGAGCCCGUGAUAAUCACAUUUAAAGAGGGCAUAGACAUCCUUCGAGCCAUUGGAAGAGAGUGCUCGUACACCGAGGAUAUUGGAACGGAAGACGAAAAGAUGCUGGGAGCAGAGAUAAAGAAAAAGUACAACUCUGACCUAUUUGCAAUGAUAGAGUACCCCGAGAGUGCAAGACCCUUUUACACAAGCCUGCUCCCAUCAGACAGCGCGUACACCCAGUCCUUCGACUUCAUUUUGAAGGGAGAGGAAAUCAUCUCGGGCGCAGAGCGCAUUUGCCAGCCAGAGGUCCUCAAAGAAAGAGUGCUAGCAAAAGGCAUGACGAUAGAUGGCGUAAAAGACUACGUUGACGCGUUCUUGUACGGAGCCCCAAGACACGGGGGCUGCGGGAUAGGACUCGAGCGAGUGGUGAAGCUUCUAACGGGCUGCACAGACAUCCACAAGUGCUCGAUGUUCCCGAGAGAUCCAAAGAGGCUGCAGCCAUAA